AUGUCUUUUUCGGAUAGCGCUCUUAAGUUCGCAAUAUUGAAUGGCACGAACUACCUGUCAUGGGCUUUCAAUAUGCGGUUAUAUUUGGAAAGCAUUGACUUGUUUGAAUUCGCCGAAGGUAGUGCGAUUGUUCCUAACGACGAUGCCGGUGCUGAUGUUCGAAUGCGAUUCAAUUCCUCCGCGAAAAAAGCAUGGAUGUAUAUUUGCUUGGCUAUCGAGCCGGAUCAGCAAGUGCACGUGAGAGAAACGAUAACUGCAAAGGAAGCAUGGGACGUUUUGAAAAGUCAAUUUGCCAGGGAAUCGUUACUUCAAAAGGUUCGUCUUCGCCAGCAAUAUUAUUCCUCAAAAUUUCAUGUUGGAGGGAAUAUGUUGGAGCAUAUAAACAAUGACUUAUACCCAAUCCUCUAG